CCUACAGAAGGAACUCCUGAUUGACUUGAACUCCCUUCCUGUCCCUCCGGGGGGAGUGUCCUCUUUCUCCUCAUAUAAAAUGCAGCCCGCCUGUCAGCCACAGAGCAUGCAUGCACAGACACGGCGAGCACUGACACAAAGGAGAGCGAGGAGGCAGGCAGGAUCUCCGGAUUACGCGACAGCAACGUUUUCCUUUUGGGUUUAUGUGGACUGAAAAGUCCACAUAAUUUAGUAUGAGUUUGACAGACUUUCUGGAUUAACCGGACUCCCUUGCAGAGCGCAAGUUUUCUGUCAGUUUUGUCCUGGACUGAUUGCGCACAAAAGGCAACGAUGGAGGUGCGCGUCCCGGGUUGGUGCGUCCUGUUACUCCUCAUCCUGCACUCAACGCGCUGCAAGGCGGCCAAGGAGCUCCAGUGCCAGGAGAUAUCCGUCCCUCUGUGCAAAGGAAUCGGGUACAACUUCACCUACAUGCCCAACCAGUUCAACCACGACACCCAGGACGAAGCCGGGCUGGAGGUGCACCAGUUCUGGCCGCUGGUGGAGAUAAAGUGCUCCCCGGACCUGCGCUUCUUCCUCUGCAGCAUGUACACGCCGAUCUGUCUGGAGGACUAUAAGAAGCCGCUGCCGCCGUGCAGGAGCGUGUGUGAGCGGGCCAAGGCUGGCUGCGCGCCGCUCAUGAGCCAGUACGGCUUCCCAUGGCCGGACCGGAUGAGGUGCGACCUGCUGCCCGAGCAGGGCAACCAGGACACCCUGUGCAUGGACUACAACCGGAGCCAGACCACCACCGCAUCUCCCGUGCUGGCCAAGCCGACCAACCGGCCGCUGAAGCCGUACAACAAGAAGAAGAGCGGCUACGGCCGAGGCUUCCCCGGGAAACACAAACCUGCCGCGUCUCCCUGCGAGACGGGCUGCUUCUGCCGCGCGCCCAUGGUGCCCGUGACCGCGGAGGGCCACCCGCUGCACAACCGCGUCAAGACCGGACAGAUCACCAAUUGCGCCAUGCCGUGCCACAACCCUUACUUCACCCAGGAGGAGCGGACUUUCACGGCGUUCUGGAUCGGAUUGUGGUCCGUCCUCUGCUUCAUCUCAACUUUUGCAACAGUGGCAACUUUCCUCAUAGACAUGGAGAGGUUCAAGUACCCGGAGCGACCCAUCAUCUUCCUCUCUGCCUGCUACAUGUUCGUGUCGGUGGGAUAUAUCGUCAGGCUGAUCGCCGGACAUGAGGAAGUGGCUUGCAGCAGGGAGAGCGGCGCAGAGCACAUCCACUAUGAGACCACGGGUCCUGCGCUCUGCACCAUCGUCUUCCUGCUCAUCUACUUCUUCGGCAUGGCCAGCUCCAUCUGGUGGGUGAUUCUGUCCCUCACCUGGUUCCUGGCGGCAGGUAUGAAGUGGGGGAACGAGGCGAUCGCCAGCUACUCUCAGUACUUCCACCUGGCCGCCUGGCUCAUCCCCAGCCUGAAGUCCAUAACGGUUCUGGCGCUCAGCUCGGUGGACGGGGACUCUGUGGCUGGGAUCUGCUACGUGGGGAACCAGAACCUGGAUAACCUGCGGGGGUUUGUGCUUGCCCCGCUGGUCAUCUACCUCUUCAUCGGCACCAUGUUCCUCCUGGCCGGGUUCGUCUCCCUUUUCCGCAUCCGGAGCGUUAUAAAGCAAGGCGGCACCAAGACUGACAAACUGGAGCGCCUUAUGAUCCGGAUUGGCGUUUUCACGGUUCUUUACACAUUCCCGGCCACCGUCAUAGUGGCAUGCUACUUUUACGAGCAGCACAACAGGCAGACGUGGGAGAUUACGCAUAACUGUACGUGCGUAACGGACCGCAGCAGGCAGAGGCCGGACUAUGCCGUGUUCAUGCUGAAGUACUUCAUGUGUCUCCUGGUGGGGAUCACCUCAGGGGCCUGGAUCUGGUCAGGGAAGACCCUGGAGUCCUGGCGGACUUUUUGCACGCGCUGCUGCUGGGGGAGCAAAGCGUCAGCGGGAUCCAUGUACAGCGACGUGAGUACCGGACUGACCUGGAGAUCCGGGACGGCCAGCUCAGUGUCCUGCCCCAAACAAAUGCCUCUGUCCCGGGUCUGAGCGCGGCUGCUGAGGGUGCCCUAAAACUGUAAAAAGCCGCUCUUUGGAAUAUUUUUUAUUAGAUAAAUUAUUAAAAACUGAGACUCCAAGAUGACGGAUUGGCCCUUAUGUUAUUAAAAAGUUCUGAGACCAGUUUGAACACGUGCUCCUUUGCCUUAUCCAAAUGACGUACGGGUUUAACUUUGGGGGCGGGGCUCUGACUAAUUGUGUCGGAUUGUCCAUCAGCGUGUUGUAAUUAGCACAUUAAUGAGCGCCUAAUGGCUUCUCUUUAAAUAAUGAGCCUGUCAGCAGCAGCAGAACAAUGUACCUGCCCUGAAGAAUGCAGAGUCUUAUCUGGGAUUAAAUGAAUGCAUACAUCCGGAGCCGGCCAGAGGCAUAAGCAGACUAAGCAGGGGGGUAAAGUAUUAACUUCUUUUUUUUUUUUAAUGCUCUUACUGUUUAUAAAUCAUGACCUUUAAAUGUUUCUGAAAUUUAACAGUUCAAUUUGGGUUGGGUAAGUUGUCACAUCUUCAGUUGGCUGAUUUUAUGUUAAUAGUCGUAAUUUAAAAGUCUGCUUAGACUCAUACAAUCACUCUACCUCUGCAUGCAGCUGAUGGCAUUAAUGUGCAGGACUGAUCCAUGUCUGUAUGAGAUCCUUCAGCUCUGCUGAAUGACUUUUCUGUUUUCAUUUCUCUUUGCAUUUUGCGUUAAAUACAGCCGUUUUAACAGUUAACUGAGCCAGCAGUUAAUUACAUUCAUCUUACUUAUUAUAUAUUGUACCAGGCUGCAAAGACCGAAUCAAAAAUCUUAUCAGAUAAAAACCUAACUUAUCAGAUUUGGAUAAAGUAAAAUAAGAAUCUAUACAGACACUUGAUUGGUAAAAAUCAUCGAUCAGCCUUGAGUGUUUUUAGGUUUUCUUUUUCUCAGAGUGCCAGUCAGACCAGUUCAUCAGCAGUCUUGGAAACAAUAUAAUUUAAUAAUGUUCUGCAUUAAUUCUCCAUUGUGCAAGUGAAAUGGUUAAAUGUGCAUUUACCAAGCUGCUCAGUAAGACAUGUAGAUGAAAACAUUAGCUGCUCUUUCUGAUUUAGUCACUGGCCACAAUGACAAAACGAGACAUUAUUUCUCUCACUAACUCACUUUCUCUCCGACAGUCAGCAGAAAUCUUUAACUUGACUUGAAACUAUGACAGCUACCAAAACUUUCUAGCUGUAAAGGUUUUCUUUAAGCUGCCACAUUUGUCGACGCGUCCACUAUUGGUUAUUCCUCAGGCCGGCCCUGGCUGUGUGUUAUACCUGGGGCUCUUCUUCUUCCUACUGUGAAGAACCGCUGUGUCUUAAACAUCCAGAAUGAGAGCGCUGCGCUUGAAGCAGCCCCAAGCCGAGAUCUCGCUCUCCAUCCAUUCAAUGCCUUAAAACUGCCUCAUACGGGUUGCAUCAGCUCGUAUAGAGUGUAUUUAUAUAAUUAUUGCUGUACAUACUUUGUAUAUUUGUAUAUGUAAUUUCACAAGACUGUAAAUAUGUAUAAUUCCCACUUUGAUAGAAAACUUUAUUUUGAAAAUAAAAAGGAUUUUAAUGGAU